AUGGGGCCAAUGAAAUAUAAGUCAAGUGUGUCCUCGGUGUCCUGUGGUCUGCAGUAUCACCGUUUGUUGAUACAGUGGAGUCCAAAAAUGAAUGUACAUAUCGUGCGGACUUACUGCUCGUCAGCGCCGAAGAGGCCCGAAGCCAAGUCUGCGAUAGAAAUGGCCGUGGGUCUGCUCAGUCGGCUGACGGAAGCUGGGACCGUUAUGGGGAAAAACUCCCUUCAGAAAAUGUCUGCAACGUGCAAGAGUUGGUGGGACAGAUAUGAAGAGUUUGUUGGAAUCAAUGAGGUUCGAGAGGCUCAGGGAAAAGUGACAGAGGCUGAAAAUGUCUUUAUGAUAGCUCGAGGGAUUGUACGAGAGGCUCGUGAAAACGUAGAAGCCCAACAGAUUAGACUGAAGGAAAUUCGGGACCGCUUAGACAGGGUCUCUCGGGAUGACACCCAGUAUUUAGAGCUGGCUACUCUGGAACACAGGCUGCUGCAGGAAGAGAAGAGGUACCGAGCUGUGUAUUUAAGUGCAGAAGAAUCUGAGAGAGAAAAAUUCUCUCUCUUCUCUGCAGCUGUAAGGGAAAGCCAUGAGAAAGAGCGAACAAGAGCUGAAAAAACAAAGAACUGGUCAAUUAUUGGUUCUGUACUGGGAGCCAUUAUAGGUGUUCUUGGUUCCACCUAUGUUAAUCGAGUAAGGCUGCAAGAAUUGAAAGUCUUGGUGCUUGAAGCACAGAAGGGCCCAAUAAAUUUGCAAGAAGCCAUCAAAGAACAGGCCUCCAGCCAUUACUUGCAGCAGAAGGAUCUCAGCGACGUCAUAGCAGACCUGAAGAACGUGCUGCAAACAAGGACAUCACAGGAAGUAAAAGAAGGCGCUUUGUUAACUAGAGAAGACGGGAAUGACUCUGUAAAAAUAGAUUCUCUUCUAAUUCCUUUGAACGAACAGCUAAACUACACUAAACAAGUCAGUUCAUGCCUAGGGAAUUUACAGCGGCAGUUGAGCAGUCUGCAGGAGAGCACGGCGCAGGUGAUCGCCGAGGUGCAGGCUGUGAAACUCGCGGUCCAUUCUAGGCCUGCAGAAAGAGGGUUGCCAAGGUCUGCCGGGGAGGGUAAGGGCCAGGCUUCUGCCGUCAGGGAUGUGAUUUUAGAAUUGUGUGACACCGAGCGGAGACUGGAAACACAAAUGAAGAGAAAUUCUAUUUACAGCACUGCAGUGACAUGUGCUAUGUUUGCUGUCACUCUGCCAGUACUCUAUAUUGUACUUAAAGGGAACUGA